GAGCAAACUAUAUCUUUGCGUCACUCGAAUGUCAGGUUCUUAGUCGGAUCGAGGACAUGCUUUCCAAUUGACGGGUGACAAAGGUGCUGUAGAAUCUUUAUAGAUGAACAAACGACAAGGACGGCCCUUUAGCAUGCUGGUGCACUGCUACUACGAGGGCUACUUGGAAAAGAGGUCCUUUAAAGACAAGAAAUCGCGUAAGCUGUGGACUUGUUUGUGCGGCAAUGCGCUUUACUUCUUCAACGACAAGAGGGACACUGACUACAUUGAAAAGCUGGAGUUCAGCGGGCCCAUCACGAUAACAGACGACAAUACAAUGGAUUACAACUUGGAUGCAGCCAAAAUGAACCUCCAGAUCAAAGACAGCAACAUCAAAUUCUCUGCCCCCAAUGCCGAGGCUCGGGAACUGUGGAAGGGCUUCAUUCAAUCGGUGGCUGAGCUGUCGGUGCCGUCGACGCUGAACCUGCUGCCGGGCCAGAUGCUCAUGCUGGAAGAGGUGGUGAAAAAGGAGAAAGAUAGACUCCGAAAUGUCCAACAGUUUUCUCCCUGUUCCGGUGUAGAGUCCACAAAGGAAAUGCCAGACUGCUUCCACCUUGUGUCCCGUACGGAAGCAGAGCUUCUGUUGGAGCGACAGGCCAGCCGAGGAAACCUGUUGCUGAGGCCCAGUCGGGACGGCACAGGUUUCGCUAUCAGUACCAGGGAAGAGAUGAAUGGGCCCAUCUUCAAACAUUACCUUGUGAGCCACAAGCAGGACGACGGCUUCACCAUCGCAGUGGAUAAUCCUGUCGUGUGUGCUUCGUUGCUUGACAUCAUCAAUUACUUCUCUGAAGCGACAGAAGGAGUGCUGAUGCCUCUGGCCAGGGAGGAAACCUACGAGCAAAAAAUCUCUUAUAUUGGCUUGGAUAAUGAAAAUGGAGAGAAGACGGUGCGCGGAGCUUCCAUGUACGUCCCACUGCCAGCUCUACACUCCAAACCAGCUUUGCCAAAAGAGCGGAGUGAAGACUGUAAUGAAAAUGUCUAUUUGAAUGACAACAUUCCCAAAGAUUCCACAGCGCAGCGGUCACCAGAGCCCGAUACCAAAGCGGCUGGGAAAUCACAGAAAGCUCCGACGCCCGCCCCUCGCAAAUUCCCGCCGUCUCCCUCGGCGCCGUCCGCCACCAGGUCCACGCACAACAGGGAGCCGAAAAUGAAGACCCACAUGGACCCGCACGGCCAGACCAUAUCGGAACUCAUGCUGAAGUUAGAGAAGAGGGCCAAGUGUCUCGAAUGACCACCGCACCCGCCGCAACCAAACAAUGUGAACGUCUCCGACGAAGCGUCUGUCGCCAUGACGACCAGCUGCACUUUUUCUUCCUUCCCUUUUUCUCGGACACUCCAAUGCAAAUGUACUGAAGAGCUGGUCCGCUUUUGACAUGAAUUGUACAUAUGUGACACCAGGCACAGAUGUAAAUUGAGCCCACAUGUGAUUUGACUGUAAUUUUCUACAAGAUGUAAAUUGUUGGACUUGAUGCCAAUAAAAGUCAAUAAUGUGACACUGUAA